CAAAGUCUGAAAACAACGUCCCUUCAUUUCUACUCUACACCAAUCUGAGGAUUAACAGAUAGAUGGAUAGAUAGUUUGUGUGUAUCUUGGAUAUGCAGAGGAGUGUGUGUGUUUUAGAUCAGCAACCUCCUGAUUUCUUGCUGACCAAACCAAUCCAAGGCGACUUAAUUUCUGAGGAAGCAGUGCUUCCACAGUAGCAUCAAGUUUCUCCCAAACGUAAGGACGGAAGUCGUCAGGCUGGAGUGUGUUUUGAUGGCCGAGUCAGAGACUGAAUGUGACACACCAGGCCUAGAUACGCUUGGGUCUGAGUGUGUCAUUACCCACACACAAGUGGGUGACUUGCAUUAUGGAGCAGAGACUGAAAUUAUGACCCAAGAGGAUAAACGGCUUGACCUGGAAGCCAUUCACAGUGACCUGGGAGCUGUAGCUUGUGUUGAUGCUGUAACGGAGACGGACCAUGAUUACACCAAAUCUGAGGUGCAUCAUGACCCGCAGUACUUUGGAGGCGCAGACAUAAAAGGCAACGAGUCCCUGCUUGGUGAAGUACUGCUGAAAACCGAAAUGGGUGGCGUUGGUGCAGAGCAUGUGGUCAAGGAUGAGUCAGACCAUGGCGGAGAGCUGACAGUGGAGUCAGAGAAUGGCAUAAUCAUCCACGAAGGCCAGGGUCUGCAGUGCAACGAGUGUGGUGAGAUAUUUAGCAACAUACCCGACCUGCACCAACACUUUGAAAUUCAUAAAGCAACCAAUCCCUACAUCUGCAUUCAUUGUGGCGAGAGUUUUGCCAUUGAAGCCAGUCUGAGAGGGCACAUGAGAAUACACAUGAAAGAGAAGAGUUAUCUUACUGGUGUGGAGAUGGUUGGUAAAGGAGUCAUUGAUGCGUUCAACCUGAAACCACACCAGAUGAUGCACUCUCCUGAAAAACCACACAGAUGCUCAGAAUGUGGAAAGAGCUUUGCAGCUGCUAUCACACUCAGAGAGCACAUGAAAAUGCAUUCUGAUGACAAACCAUACAAAUGUACCCAGUGCAGGAAGAGUUUUGUCCGUAGACGUCAUCUAAAGAAACAUCAGGAACUUCAUGCCCGCGAGAAGCCGUUUUCUUGCCCUCAGUGUGGGAAGUGCUUUGCUACGGCUUCUAAUUUGAAACAGCAUCAAAAAACCCAUAGCGGUGACAAGCCACACAGAUGCUCCCAGUGCGGCAAGUGUUUUGCUGCAGCAGCAACUUUAAGGGAACACCAGCGGAUCCAUUCUGGCGAGAAACCCUACAAGUGUAACCAGUGCAGGAAGAGCUUUGUGCGGAAACGCCAUCUGAAGAAGCACCAGCUUGUGCACCAGGGUGGUAAACCCUACCGAUGCUCUCAGUGUGACAAGGGUUUUAACCAUUCCUCGUCCCUGUCAAGACACCAUAAAGUCCAUCUAGAGGCUAAACUAUAUGCCCAGCCUGACAAGGAGUUCCCCUUUGAUACACCCAUGAAGAGGGGUAUGCACACUGGUGAAAAGCCUUACAGCUGCAACCACUGUGACAAGAGCUUUAAUCACUCGUCGUCGCUGUCCAGGCACCAGAGAACUCAUUCAGAUGGAAAAACCUACACCUGUGCUCACUGUGGCAAGCGCUUCAACCAUUCCUCUUCUCUCGCAAGGCACCAGCGUGUCCAUUUGGAUGAGAAGGCGGCAGCCACAUACAGUGCGAUCCCCACAGGAAAAGGUUUUCCUCCCACCACUAUUUUGAAACAGAGAAUUCUGCAGACCGAGAAACCGUACAGGUGUUCACAGUGUGGAAAAGGCUUCAACCAUUCUUCCUCACUCUCUAGGCAUCAUAGGAUUCAUAUUGAUCAGUGAUCUCAUCACUGUGGCGGUUACUGUCCUACAGUUUAUUCCUAUUUAGAUCCAGGCCAAACUUAAAACAAUUUAUGUGAAUAAAUUUUUUUGUCUUCAGAAAAAAAAUUUAAAAUCUAAUUCUGAGCUUUCCUACUGAUGGACCUUUAAAAUAUUUACAGCGAAUAAAGUUUGGCUCAGUCCUUUAGCUUUACCCAUGGGAAUUUCAAAAAAGAAACAUUGAGCUGAUACUGACCCUAUAUUAUACGCAUACAAAGCUUGUUUUUAAUUUGACUCCUGUAUAAGAAUGUAGCCAAAACUUGUAUCAAUUUUGUGCUUACUCACCAAGCCAGAAUUUAGAGCCUGUUCAGAGCUUCAUAUUUAAUUGGUGAUCAAGGACCUUGGUAACACCCCCAGUCCAUGUAUCUUUUUACUCGCCCCAUUUUCUUCAUGGGCUCCUCAAAAUUUAUCACUUGUAAAUAAAUGUUGAUAUUUUUUUUUAUAUAUACAUGUGUAUAGGUAAGUGUGUUGUUCUUUUACAUAUUGAGCUUUUGGAUGUGUGAUCUAGUCUGUCUAACCAUCUUUAUUUUGAGAGAAAAAGUGGCUUAGUGCCUAGCACUGGCUUUAGAUGAACUGUUGGCAAAGGUUAAAGUUUUAAGGGGCUGGAGUAGCUCGGGAGCUGUUUGAAUCGUCUGAUGUGUGCUCAGCUCUUCAUGUCAGGUUGUUUAUUCAGCCGGGUUUCAAAACUUUCACUGACAAAACUGUAGUCCAGUUGGAACUGAAAAUUCCUUCAAGCUGUCUUGACCUGAAUAAUGUAAAAAAAAAAAAAAAAAAAAAAAAAAAAAGUACUAAUUGAUAAUUAAAUCAUUGUAAGCAUGAAACUAGUUGUAAUUUGAAUUUAAGCUAGUCUCUAAAUUGAUGCUUUACUGGGUCUUGUUGAUACUCCACUACCUUUUACUAAUGGGGUAUAUCGUGCAUAUUCACAUACAAGCUUAAUCUUUGCCAUUGCUUUACAACUAGAUCAGGCAUCCAUAUAUAUAGCUGUUAGGUAAUUUAUAUUCUGGAUACAUUCAGCAAAUGACUAAAACAGUGUAAGAGAUGUGUAUAAUAUCAAUGCAAAAAAUAUAGCUUGCUCUUAGUUCAGAUUUUCAGAAUUCCGUAAAUAUGCGCUUUCUACCUUAAAGUUCUAUGUGUGGGGGAAAAUCUUUUACAUACUGAUGUAUUUUUUUAAUAUGGUUUGGGUAAUCUAAAAAAAAAAAAGCAAAUGAAAGGAAUAGUGUUUUUACGGGAGUGGACGUUAAUUUCUUUUUCAUCCUCUUGGAUAACAGUUGUGCUUCAACUCGUAGCCUAGGCUUAUUCAUUGUGUUAGUUAGGUGCCUUAUUGCAUGUGAUGUAGAAAUGUAUGUUGAGCUUAAAUAGAAAAAAAUGUUUUGGCUCUUCCUCCUUUUGUUCCUUUACAUACUAACCAUCAUAUAUUACUUUGAUGUUAGUUCAUUUGUUUUGCUUUUCUGUGUACAAACAUAUGUUAAUGCUGUUACUGCUUUCUUUUAAUUUUCCUGUCUGUCAACUGACCUCAUUGUAGAAAAAUCUAGAGGUUUAAAAAAUGGAGGAAAGAAAAAAACACAACAUGCCAUUGAUCCACAUUUUGUUUGCCCUCUUUUAAACAGUCAGAUCUUGUUCCAUGGCUUUACCAAUCCUUGAGUGGCACACAUGGAUAAAUAAAGGUUCUUGACUUCCUGGUA